AUGUUGGCGCGAGGCACCCCCUCUUCUUCUGGUUCGAAUGACAGUUCACUGGUCUUGGAUUCAAACAGUGGAGACAGACCACAUGGCGUUCUUACUAAGCAACUGUCAUCUGCGUCUUUGUUUACAAGCAAGUCUCGCGGUAUGUCCACGGGAAUAAUUAUGAGUCCGUCUAAAGUAUAUGCGUUCAAACAAUCGUUAGCUAACCAUUCUGAUAAUGUCUCGAGAAUACUUCUCUCGAGCAAAGAAUCUUUAGAUAAAAGAAGGGAAAUAGAGUCGGCUUUCAGGACCUGCCGCGAGGCUUUCUCUGAGCUCUCCGCGGUAUACUUAGCAUUGCUAGAGAAAGAGAACAAUGCCGUUACGAUUGAAUCGGUCAAAGAAAUGAUAACGGAUGCAGUUUCUAAGAUGCGUUCAGACACUCUGCUGCAUCGAUCGGCCGGACUUAUGUCCGAGGAUGGCUCUGCACCUUCCGUCUCGUAUGCUGCUGCUGUGAAAUCUGCGAGUUCUAUUCGUGUUGCUCGUGGUCCUACUGUCGCCGUCAAGAAGUCCACGGAUAUUCUCAUCGUACCUAAUAAAGAUCAAGGAUGCAAAUACUCAUCGUCUAGUGAGACUAAGGAGGCUUUAAAGAGGAUUAUCAAGCCGGCGAAUUUUAACUUGAAAGUGAACAAAAUAACUUCUACGCGUAACAACGGUGUUCGUAUUGAGGCUGCGACGGUUGAUCUGCCAAAAAUUAAAGAUUCGGCCGAGCUUGCGAAAGCAGGACUUAAGGUGAAACAGAUUGCUAAAUCAAAUCCUAGAUUGAUUGUUCACGGGGUACCUAUUGGACUUAACAAAGAAAUUAUUAGAUCAGAGCUUAUUGAUCUGAAUCUGAAUUCGCAUGACUCGCCUGAAGUCAAGGUCAUAUAUAUAUUUCCACCCAAGACGGAUCGUACUACUACCAGUUGUAUAAUUGAGGUACCGCCUGAUGUACGAACCAUGUUGCGUCGCGAGCAACAUGUCUAUAUUAAUUUUUCAUCGUGUGUCUUCGAGGAUUACGUGCGAGUGCUUCAAUGUUAUAAAUGUUUGGCAUUUGGUCAUCUGGCUAAGAAUUGUAAGGGUGCAGCUCUAUGUGGUCAUUGCGCGGGCGAUCACGAAAUGAGAGAUUGUCAUGCGAAGAGUGAAGCUACCACUUGCGGGAACUGCAGAAGAUGGUUGCAUAGUGAAUCAACACACUCUGCACUUGACGGGAAGAAUUGUCCGAUAUUGAUAAAAAGGCUGCAGGAAAAGAUUAAAAAUAUAAAUUAUGAACAAUUCUCGUAA